AUGGUAACCGGUGUCGGGCAUCAUGGAUCUCCGGAGGAUUCACCAUAUCGACAACCUUCCAGAUCGAGAGUCGAACCUCCCACUCUCCCCAGUUCACAACCCCACCCCACAUCAGUAGAUGAUGGUACCCCUCCUUCUAGCACAAACACACAAGCCAAAUAUGCCGACUCUCAGGAUCUAGAUCAACACAUAAUGUCGGGACCCAUUUCUCCUCCCUCGAGUUCCAGUCCAACUAUAGAUUCCUAUGCCAAAGAACCCUUUAAAAGUCAACAAAACUUCCCCCCAUCUUCAGCGCCUUAUGCACGAAUCGAGCAUUCGCAUACAAUGAGCACCGAUUCCACCCUCAAACCUUCUCGAACUACAUCUGUGCAGUCGGAAAGGAGUAUUCCAAGGUCAACAAGGUCUCUUGAUGAUGUACAGAAAUAUGGCGGUAACACGAUCAAAGUUCGAGAUUUGGCACACAUUGAGAGUUUCGCCAGCGAAGAAUUCCUUUCAUUUAGAGGUCAAUCUGGACGUCCACGUACAGAAGAUGAUCCCACACUGAAAUACGAGAUCAGUGGGAUGCCCAUUACAGAUAUUAUUGAAAUGGUAGCGGGACUUUUGACCAAAAUCACCACGACGAACGAUCGCCAACAUGAAACCUUGCAAAGAUGCUUUCCAUCUGCCGAGCAAACAGCUAAUCUUUCCGGACUCACCACGAGCGUACUCGCAUUCCACGGAAAAAAUGUGCCUAGCAUUACAAUUUUGAGUUACUUGACUCGAAUACACAAGUACUGCCCAACGACUUACGAGGUAUUCUUGAGCUUAUUGGUGUACUUUGAUCGAAUGACGGAGAGAGUCAAUGCACCUAAUUUAAAUGAGUUGCGACAAGACUCUAUAGUAGAUCAGGACAGUUCUCGACCUUCGUCCAGCUACUCUGCAGAGGGUUCAGAUUUGGCAGACACUCCACCAGGAGCUAGAAGCGUUCCCGAACUCCAAUCAGAACUCGACAGUGCUCAGUACACCCAUGCAUCGGGUCUUGACCUUUCAUUGGCCCAGUUCCCUCUCUCAUACUUCUUUGUAGUUGACAGCUUCAAUAUUCACCGUUUGGUUAUCGCUGGCGUUACUUGUGCAAGCAAAUUCUUCUCCGAUGUAUUCUAUACGAAUUCUCGAUAUGCCAAGGUUGGUGGACUGCCGUUGAAUGAAUUGAAUCAUUUGGAACUUCAAUUCUUGCUACUCAACGACUUUCGCUUAUCCAUCCCUGUGGAGGAAUUGGAAGCCUAUGGCACAAUGCUUGUGGAGUUCUAUGCUCGGGAGGUUCUUGCACAAAAACAAGGAGAUGGUGUGUCGGAAAUGGCAUGCACAUCCGAGGAAUGUUGA